CUGUUCACAAUGAGUUUCCAAGCUGGAGGUCGUGGCUGCUUCAACUGCGGUGAUGCUUCACACCAGGUAAACUUUUCCCUGUCAUCAUUUUCUCCCUCGUGGGAUCCAAAUCUGCUUUCUGAUGUAUACCUCAAAUCAUGGUUUGGCAACGUUCUAAUUUCAACAGGCCCGUGACUGUCCCAAGAAGGGCACUCCUACCUGGUAUGCUUAAUCUACACUGCCUGCUUUCCUUUGACGUGAAC